CCACUUUGUCCAUUUAGUGAACUGUGGAAGCCAUCAACGCCACAUGAAAGGACUUUUUAGAGCUCAAAAUUACAUUUAGAAGAAAUAUCAAACUCAUGACAUGACUUUCUAUGAUUGGAAAUAGGGCUUAUUCGAAAAUAGAAUAGUUGUAAUUAUACAGUUCAGAAAGUUAGUAUGGACAUAUAAUCCAAAAGACUAGGAGUUUGGCCUAUAUAUGAGGGACGAUAAUGAUGGCUUCAAAAACAUGUCUGGUGGUAAGGCAAAAGCCAACGUUCAAACUCUAGGUAAGUCCAUGUUCUACAAGCAAGGAAAUUCACCCAUACCAAGGGGAAAUGAGCAUAGUUAAAUGAGGAGUCAUAACUGAUUCACUAGAAAUCUCUUGGAGCUACUUUUUAAGCGCGCGAAAUAGCGUCUGAAAAAGACUGUGGAUCUUUCCAUUUCAAACCAAACAAUUUAUCAAAAUGUCGUGCUGGCGACCCCGAAUUUCCUUGACUGGCCGAUCCCUCUAUAAAUCAGCAAACCAAUCUUCAGUUGUCCGUCUAUCUCCUCUUUAAACGCUUUCCCAAACUUAAAUUUAAAAGCUCCCAACUAACAAACCCCAGGUUCCACAUCCCGCGGAUAUUUUCGAAGAAGGCACAAUGCUCUAUUGGACUGGACACAGAGGAACGACUCUGGCACCACCAUCCUCAUCUCUGUCAAACAAUAGAACUGAUGAUCCAAUUUUCGUCACUGUAAUUAAAAAGCACGAACGCGAGACUAUCAUCGCUGCACCUCCCCGUGGAUCAGAGUCGGAAACAAGGGGGAUACCCAGUAGGACUAUAUUGCCUGAAGAGGUGAGCGUGUUUUAUGAUAUACGACUUGUAGUUGAUGGAACAGAGAUUAAAAAGGUCAAUGGGAAGGAGUUAAGACGGCCGUUUAUUCGUGAUAGUUGGUUAGUCAGAAGUGCGGUUAAAGAGGACUAUCGUGAUUAAGCUGGCGUCGAUAUACGGGUAGUAUGUAUUGAACAUGUUGAUUGGUUUUAGAAGGAGUAGAACCUUUGCAAUUUGAGCCUUUAAACUUCUUAUAUUAUGAUAGGCUUGUUUCUCAAACAAGUUCAUACAAUAUGUCCAGUAAAUUGCCUUAAAUUCCUAUGGGAAAUAAUUGGACAAGGGGUGUGUCUAAUAGUUUAGUAGACAAGAUGUAAGUUCUCAAUGCUCAAAAUAAUUUGAUGUCCCAAACGACUCGAAUAUUCCAUUUAGAUCGACGAAUAAAAGCUUCUCAAUGUCGGACUGCGGUCUGCUCCAGCACUUGUUCGUUUUAUCUGCUUCCUCUGUCACCAAUUCCUCUAAUCACUGCACACCAAACCAAGCUCAUGAAGCAAG